UUUCUGCAGAUUUUCAGAAUCCAAGGAGGCCUUUCAUUUUUAGAAAAUCAACCGCCAUCUUCCAAGUGAAAGAAGGAAAACAUAUUUUAGGAUGACGUCUAUCCAUUUUAUGGUAUUCUUGGGUCUUGUCGUCGCAAUAAGCGCGAUGCCCAUGAUGAAUGAAAAUGGGAACCCAGUUCCCACGUCGGAUGACCACACGGAUUCCUCAGAGGAAAUGGUCGACUCUUCCGCCCCCACCGGAAAAGAAAUGGUUGCCAUGGACGUCGAAGAAACAUCUAGCUCGAAUGAUGCCCACACGCUCCAGACGCCAGUGGCAGAACCAGAACCCGAACCCGAAUCAUCUCCAGAACCUGUCGCACCAAGAGAAAACCCGGAGGUUUCACCGGAACCCGUGUCGCAUCCGGAUACUUCGCCGGGAAACGCGUCUCACACCGGGGAUGAGGGAACGUCAGAACCGGAGCCCGAACCCGAAUCUGAGCCUGAGCCCGAACCCAAAUCCGAACCUGAGCCAGAGACUGCUUCCCAAGGGAAAGAAAUGGAAACGGCCGAGUCUGAAAUGCAUGAGAUGAAAGUUGAAGCCAGGUCCGGCGUCGUGGAUCCGUCUUCACAAGUCCCAGACGAGGAAUCUUCAGCGAUGGACAGCAAUGCUAUGCCUAUGGGCGACGAUGCAGUAAUCGUUGAAAUUGCGGCAGACAAGGACAUGGAACCUGCUGAUUCAACUCACAGCGUUGUGUCUGUUUUGCCUGAAACGUCCAAAAAUAUGCUGCCUGAAGAGACUAGCAAAGACGAUUUAAACGUUGACAUUAACGUCGAGCAGAUGGACGUCGUUGGAGAAGUCCUGAAUUCCGUUGGAGAAGAAAGCGAACCUGAGCCCGAGAGUGCUGCCGAAAUUUCUUCCAACGCUCGGGAAUCGGGGGAAACCGAGGACAUGAUGAACGACACGAGGGCCUCUUCUGAUGACAGACCGUUCAUCCGGACAAAAAAAAACGAAGCCUUCAUCAAUUUCAAGUUCGGAAGCGACCGCGCGAGGAUGCGAUUGACCGUGGAGGAAGGGACAGGCACGUACGAGGUCACUACCAGCAACGGGAAGUCCAGGAAAGCCGUGUUCGCUGUUGGUGAAAACGGGGAAAUCAUGAUGGUGAGCAGUGAGGAAUUGCCUUCCAAGUUGGACGAAAGCAGGAAAGUGGUGGUGACGAGCGGAGGAGUGUCCAUGGAACUCAUUCUUGAAGCGGACGAGAAGGAUGACGCUUAAAGUGCGUGCGCUUUCACGCGUCCAUGAUGCGAGUACAGGACAGUCCAGCCAGCCAGCCGUGCACUUUUCUGGCUUGAAGGAAGAAGUUGUGUACUCUCGUUCUGUCGAGCUAAGAAUAUUUUCUUUCUCUGUGUUCGACUUUGUAAACGUGUGGUAUUGAAAAAAAAAUCAACGCUUUUUGUCGCGAGCGUAGCCGAAUAGCGUGACCUGCUAGUAAUGUUGUGUAAUUCUUUGACAAUAAAGGCUUUCUUGUGUAA